AGUGCAGGCUCUCUAUGAGCAGCUCUAAGAUGGAGGAGCCUCCAUUCCCACGCUCUCUGGGAGUCCAUUCCCCGCCCUCCGCCUCCAUUACCCGAUCGGUCCUCCUCCCGCUGCCCGGAAACACUUCCCCCGAGCCGAGCGGCCGGCCCAAUGAGCGCCGAGCAGCCGCCAGCUGGAUGUUUGGCACCGCGUACUGGGGGGUCCCCGAGCCUCGCCGUGUCCGGCCGCGGGAGCUAGAGCCCCCCGUGUGAGCGGCGGCCAUGGGGGAGCAGAGCCCGGAGCUGUCCGCGCUCGCCAUGGAGCAGGAGGGGGGGCUGUGCCCGGAGGACAAGAUGCGGAAGUGGUUCUUGGACAAGCGGGAGUCCGGCACCGUGUAUGACACCACCACCGUGCUCAUCGAGCAGGACCGGCAGCCCGCCUGGGGGGAGGACGACGAAGACGAGGAGGACGACGAGUUCGAGGGCCAUGUCGGCUCUAACCUGCCCUACCUGGAUGCUGCCAACGAGCAGGGACUCCUACUGCUGCCCGAGCAGGACGCCAUGUCCCAGGGCUAUGUCCAGCACAUCAUCUCCCCCGACCAGAUACACCUCACCAUUAACCCGGGGACCACCCCCAUGCCCAGGAACAUAGAGGGGGCCACACUCACCCUGCACUCAGAGUGCCCGGAGACCAAGCAGAAGGAGGUGAGUGGAGCUCACACUUCAUAUCAGUGCCAGUCAUCCCCCAUGCCAACCAGCCUCCAUGCCAGCCUCAGUGCCAGGACAAGCAGCUGGCUGGCAUUGCUUCCUCAAAUAGGUCAUAUUAUGACUUUAAAUACAUGAUGGCUAAAUUAUGAGCAAUGGCCAUGUAUUGCCCAUUGUUGUGAAUGCCAGUCUGUUUUGGCAGGGAAGCUACAUUGGUUGGAGUUGCAUCAAACCCUCAGUACCCUCAACCUGCCGUAGGUACAGUCAGUGGACAGCUGGAAAUAACUAAUAGAUGUAAAACUUAUUGAUGAACCAUCAGAGGGAUUCAUAGAAACAUGUCUCUUAAUGUUUUGUGGUGACUCUGCACCAGCUGUGGAGAGAUUAUCCUGUAGCAGCAACUCGUGUCAUUUUUUUUUUUUUUUAGUGUGAAUUGUCUAUCGUUUAAGACUUGUUUCAAUAUUCACUAAAAUGUGAAUUUUACAUUUUAGGCCAAAGUAGAUUUGAAAGCAUGGAUUUUUAUUUAUUUUUAAUUCUGAUCUGGUUAAUUACUUGUAUUGCUUUCUGGGGGAACUUAAAGUGUCUUUCUUUUGGUGAUCUUGAUAGAAUCUUUACAAUAUAUUCAUGUUAAAUUGGUUGGUCUGUAGAGAAUCCUGUAGUCACAUGGGAUUUUCCAUAGACAUCUCUGUUGUACUCUGAUGGCUCUUGGUGGGGAAAAAGUGCCAGGAGCUUAAAAGGAAAUACGGUGGCACCGUAGGGGGUAGCCUUAGGCAUUCCAGAUGUGGUGGUCCAUAUUUCCCUAAGUGAUGGCAAAGCAUCAGGGAAAAUGUAGUCCACAACAUCUGCCCCAAGGUGACAGUUACUUAAUGGGACACUGUAGACGCCAUAACCACUUCAACAGAUUUAAGUGGUUAUGGUACCUGCAUCACUCUUAAACACUUUGCUUACAAAAUAAGUUGGAAUCAUGCACUAUACCAUUUCAUAUCAGUAAUUAGGUAAGUGACUGAGAGAGCUCAACUGGUGCUCUCAGACGAACAUUGACCUCUACCCUUGGUAUGGUGUGAAGUAGAUCACCUCCAUGCCUCCACCAUAUUAUUGAAGGUCUGGGCUUCAGGCUGCCGGGGACUGAGAAUCUCUACUAAAUAGUGAGUAAACCAUUGAGUAUUUAUACAGGACCCAACACUUGCAGACUCCAGGCACAAUAAUAACUUAAAUCAGUUGAACAUGUUAUAGUGCCUACAGUGUUCCCUUAAAGGACCACUCUAGGCACCCAGACCACUUCAGCUUAAUGAAGUGGUCUGGGUGCCAGGUCCAGCUAGGGUUAACCCAUUUUUUCAUAAACAUAGCAGUUUCAGAGAAACUGAUAUGUUUAUGAAUGGGUUAAGCCUUUCCUCUAAUCCUCUAGUGGCUGUCUCAUUGACAGCCACUAGAGGCGCUUGCGUGCUUCUCACUGUGAUUUUCACAGUGAGAAGACGCCAGCGUCCAUAGGAAAGCAUUAUGAAUGCUUUCCUAUGUGACCGGCUGAAUGCGCGCGCAGCCAGCGCAGGAGGAAGAGAGCUCCCCACCCAGCGCUGGAAAAAGGUAAGUUUAACCCCUUUCCCCCUUCCAGAGCCGGGCGGGAGGGGGACUCUGAGGGUGGGGGCUCCCUCAGGGCACUAUAGUGCCAGGAAAACUAGUAUGUUUUCCUGGCACUAUAGUGGUCCUUUAAAUUAAAGGGAUUCUCCAGUGCCAGGAAAACAUAUUAGUUAUCCUGGCACUGCAGGACCCUGUAGUGCCCCCCCAUCCUAAGCUGCUGAAAGGGUUAAAACCCCUUCAGUGACUUACUGGAGUUCUGGGCUGAUGUCCCUCGGCGCUGGUCAGGCUCAUGGGAGACCUAAUGCGCAUGCUCGGCUUUCCUUGCUGUCCUUCAAUGCUUUCCUAUGGGUUUUUCGGCGACGCUGGAGGUCCUCACAUAACGUGAGGACGUCCAGCGUUGCUUAAAACACUUUCCCUCUAGUGGCUGUCUGAUAGACAGCCACUAGAGGAGGACUUAACCCUGCAAGGUAAAUAUUGUUUAUGAAAAUUGUUGAACUGUUUAUGAAAAAAAGUUUAUGAAAACUGCAAUAAUUACACUUGCAGGGUUAAGGGUAGUGGAAGUUGGCACUCAGUCCACUCCAAUGGGCAGAAGUGGUCUGGGUGCUUGGAGUAUCCCUUUUAAGUGAAUAGUCUUGCAAAUCUCCUAAUUUAAAAAAAAAAACAGGAGUAACUUCUAAAAUAUUAGGAAGGAAGAAAUGUGGCCUACAUUGAAACAUACAUGAUGUGUUUUGUCAAAUCCUUAAUUUUUAAUAAAAAAAAAAAAACUUAAUAAAAAAUAAUUAUCCAGCUGCUUUGUUUCAAUUCAAUUUGAAUUUAAAGGGCUUCUUUAACCCUUUGGAGCUGGGGCACCUUUUUGUGUAAAAUGCUAAAUAUGCACAUACUUGAUUUGGCUGCCCCGAACAGAGUUCUGGCCUGCCAAUGUUAUGUGUGCUGGGGGUGCAACUAGCAACCAUCACACAAUUAACAAUGCAGAAACACUGCACAUCCAGAGUCUUACCACCAUGACCACUUUAAAUCUGUGAAGUGGUCAUGAUGGUUGGUUGUAACCCUUAAAGGGACACUAUAGGCACUCAGAGCAUUUCAUUUAACCCUUACUGCUAUGUCAAGUCCAUAGCUGCUGUACAGGGCAACCUUAAAAUUUGGACCUAUUUCACAAACAUAUAAACAGUUUGUGCAUUUGCUCUUAGCAUGCACCCAUAUGCUAGAAAUUUGGAGGAAAGUCAGCUGUGUGUGUUGCUGCAGAAGGUGGUGUGUAUUGCCAAGUAACUGGCAGAUAAUGUACGACCUUUUGAAAUUUUGAGUCCUGUACUUUGAUUACAAAUAUAUUUAUUUAAAAUCAUGAUAUUAAUGUUUUCUGUUUAUUGGAAUUCCCAUUAAAAGAGAUAUAAGAAUCUGCUUAUGAAAAUCACAGUAUCUCGUGAGCACAUGUCUAUAGACAUAUAUUGUUCAGAAGGAAUCUCACAAAGAACAAGUUUGUUUUUGUAUUCUAUACUUGUACAACAACGUCAUGGUGGAAUUUUUUCAGGAAACAGAAGAGCUUAGCUUAAGUUGUGCCUGCGGCAUGUAGAAACUACGCAUAAAACUGGGAUAAAUAUUAUUAUCCAGCUCGAAAACAGUGUGUGACUGGCUGAUUUGACAGGGGUUGGAGGUAGAGAUACACCUGGGCUAGAAAUGUCAAAUGCCUCAGAUAUGACAGCGUUGAAAUAUGAAACAUUUCACAGUCCAUAUCCUUGCAUUAUAACCACUUCAGCAUGUGGUUGUGUUAUCCCCCAGCAUAUGACCCUGUGUCAGGAGAUACUGGUGAUUGGUAGGUGGUCUGGUUUAUGUAUACUAUAAAUUGGGGUAAGUGCACUGUGUUUUUAAGGGCAUUUGUACACUGAGGAAGGGACAGGGGUCCCGAAAUGUGUUUUUUUUUUUUUUUCGUAUGCUCUUCAGAUAAGUGUGGUUCCACAAGUAGGCCUUAUCUACUAAGCUGUGCAUAGUUACCUCCUGUUUUAGCUGUUGUGGAUGUUUGCAUGUUUGUUCAUCAACAACACCUUUCUCUUCCCUGUGUACUGCACAUGCUUUUUUUUACUAUGUGAUACUGCCCACGCACUUGGAUGGCUCAGUGAGGAAAUUCCAAGUAUUAAGACUGCUUCCUAGUACCAUAACCUCUACAGUAAGCUGUAAUUCAUUGUGAUGUUUGGAGUUUAAAAGCACACUUUUUUUUAGUGUUAGGAAUACAAAGAUUUAUUUAUAAAACCUUAAUUAUUCCUCUGUCCACAAAUAAAGGUUUGCCUCCGUCGCAUGGAUUCCUCAUAGGAAAACAUAGGGGACCGGUACAGUGCACCCAGACAACUUCAAUGAGAUUAAGUGGUCUGGGUGCCUAUAGUGUCCCUUUAACUAAUUUAACAAUUCUCUACCUUUUACAUGUAUACAUUCUGUACUAAAUGCUCACCAUAGGCUGUCUCCCAGUAAAAGGCAUGGAGUCUUUCAAAAGUAGAACACUGUUCUAAUUACCGGUACUUAAAGAACCACUAUAGGCACCCAGACCACUUCAGCUCAAUAAAGUGGUCUGGGUGCCAGGUCCCUCUAGUUUUAACCCUGCAGCUGUAAACUGUUUACACAAGGGUUAAUCCAACCUCUAGUGACUAUCUGACAGCCGCUAGAGGUGCUUCUCACUGUGAAAAUCGGUGAGGAGAUGCUGGACGUCCAUAGGAAAGCAUUGAGAAAUGCUUUCCUAUGGACUGUUUGAAUGUGAGCCCGGCUAUUGCCGCACAUGAACAUUCGGCUCUGACGUCGGCAGAGAAAGGAGAGUUCCCCAGUGCCGAGGGAGCCCGGUGCUGGAGAAAGGUAAGUGUUCCCCAGCGGGAGUGGGACCCUGAAAAUCACAGUGAGCAGCGUGGAAGCGCCUCUAGCGGCUGUCAAUGAGACAGCCACUAGAGCCUGGAUUAACCCAUAUGUAAACAUAGCAGCUUCUCUGAAACUGCUAUGUUUACUGCAGGCAGUGUUUAACCCUAGAUGGACCUGGCACUCAGACCACUUCAUUAAGCUGAAGUGGUCUGGAUGCCUACAGUGGUCCUUUUAAAGGUUUACUUCAAGCACCAUAAUCACUGCAGCCUGCUGUAAUGGUUAUGAUGCUAGAUUCUAGAAGCACCCUGGUGCCUUUCCGGGGCGUGCUAAGCCUUCUCUGAUGGCGGCUGCAGAAGUCUAAUGCGAUCCUGACACUUAUUUAUUGGCAUUUGAUAUGUUUUCAUACCGAAACACUGCGCACACAAGUUUUGGACGCCGUGGUCACUUCCAAACAAGUAGUUGGAUUGAUAAAUGGGGAAGCAAUUAUUCUCCUUAUAACAUCAGUAGAGUGGUGUGGUUGAUGCAUAUUAAUGAUUAGUGUUCAUUAAGCAGUAUAUUAUGCUUAGACUGUGCACUUUUUGAAUAGUGCUUUUUUUAAUGUCUUGUCUCUGUCAAUAUUACUUUUGUAUAUCAAUUGUUAAAACUCCAUUGUAUAAUUAUGAAGUGCUGUAAAAAAUGUGGAGCUAUAAAUGCUAGUAUUAUCCUGAAAAGAAAAACGGAAUUGCUAAGUUCCCCUAGUUGGAAUACAGCUGAUAAGAAAUUUUGAAACCCAUCUACUUUAUAUUUAGUUUAGCAAAAAUAAAUAGCAGUUCACUUUAAUUCACUGUUUAAGGAAUGAGUCUCCAAAAGUACCUAUGAAUGAAUAUAGUUUGUAGUUCAUCCUCUUCUUACUGGUAUGAUUGUCACAAGUUUAUGAUUACACCUUAAUCACCGCAGAGCAAACAGAUUAAGCACACACACAAUUGAAACUUUGGAGAAAAAUAGUUUGAAGAACCUGCCCUUCAUAGUCCUGAACAUGUAAUGACUGUGCAGUUUAUUGCUUUUAGCUGUUACACAACAUGUAUGGGGGAUGGGCAAAUGUCAGUCUUUAAUGAUAAACCAAAAUAUACACUAGGGAGGUGGGCUUUCUUAUAUGAUGUUUAUGAACCGUUAAAGAAAUAUGUCAAUUAAGUAAUUUACUAUUUAGUUGACUUAACCAGAAAGAAAGUGUGUGUGUGUGUGUGUGUGUAUAUAUAUAUGUGUGUGUAUAUGUGUAUGUGUGUAUAUGUAUGUAUAUAUAUAUAUAUAUAUACAAACAAAAUCCAUAUUUUGGAUUUUAUCCAAUAUUUUGGAUUCUGUAUUUUGUGUGUGUGUGUGUGUAUGUGUAUAUAUAUAUAUAUAUAUAUAUAUAUAUAUAUAUAUAUAUAUAUAUAUAUAUAUAUAUAUAUAUAUAUAAUUUUUUUUUUUUUUUUUUUAUAGAGUAUAUAUGGAGGGGACCCUUGUGAAAGAUGCACACCUGCAGCUUUUGCAAGCGGUUCCCUUUAUCUCUAGACUUUCAGUCUGUGCCUAUGUAUUGAUCAUUCUGAGAAACCAGGUUUUUUAUUAUUAUUAAUAAAAUGUGUAUAUGUGUGUGUGUGUGUGUGUGUGUUCAAUGUGCAGGUUUAAAAGAUGACUGCAACCAGCAUGACUACUUCUGCUUUUUUUAAGUGGUCAUGAUGGUAGGAGUCUGAUGUGCAGUGUUUCAGCUUGAAACACUGCACAUCCAGAGUUCUUUGGCAGUUCUGUGCCAAGAGCUAGUUGCAUACACGACUUAGUAGUUAAGUGUGUUUAUAUGGGUGUAGCAGCCAUACAAGAUAAAAUCUAUUUAGUAAAGAGGAAUUUUCUCUUUGGGCAUAAUGGCCCAAGGCUGUGCUGACAUGUAAAAAAUUGGGAUGUAGUGCGUGUGACUGUGUUUGGAUUUUAUACAUAUUUAUAUAUACUGUGUGGGGAGGUUGGGAGUGUGUGUAUGUGUGUGUAUAUCUCUAUCUCUAUAAAACUUUGUCUCCCCCUUACCUUUUUAUCAAGGAGGAGAGACACCGCAGGCCCUGGUGGUAUUUAGUAACUCUGCGUGCAGCUGCAGACAGAGUUUGGUCUGGAGUUGCCAUGGUAACCUGCGGCAACACUUGCCUGUGGGAUUUUAUACAGCCAACUGUGGGUUGUCACAACCCAAUGAUGGGACUUAUAAAAUCCCACGUGGGCCACAUUCAUAUUGUAUUGGACAGCCCUGUGCUAGACAAUGAUGUUCACAGCGUUUAACCCAAGCUGAGGUCGGAAGUUGAGUCCCACAGCUCAGAUGGGAAACAUCUGAGUGGCAGUCACAGCUACAUCUUUUGGUAAAUACAAACUGGUUCCAGGUGUUACAUAACAGGUUUUUUGCAACUUGUUGCAUAAAAUAAAAAGGGACACUAUGGUCACCAGAACAACUACAGCUUAUUGAAUUUGUUCUGGUGAGUAGAAUCAUUACCUUCAGGCUUUUUGCUGUAAACACUGUCUUUCUGUCUUUUCAGAGAAAAUGCAGUGUUUACAUUACAGCCUAGUGAUAACUUCACUGGCCACUCCUCAGAUAGCUGUUAGAGAUCCUUCCUGGGUCAUGGCUGCCUAAAAUGCAUCCAAACAUUCAGUGUCUCCACCCUCUGCAUGCAGACACUGAACUUUCCUCAUAGAGAUUCAUUGAUUCAAUUCAUCUCUAUGAGGGGAGGCGGAUUGGCCAGGGCUGUGUUUGAAUCAUGCUGGCUCUGCCCCUGAUCUGCCUCUUUGUCAGUCUCAGCCAAUCCUAUGUGGAAGCACUGUGAUUGGAUCAGGCCACCACUUCUAAUGAUGUCAGCAGACAGCUUGCUAUUCUGAGGCAAACAUCAUGCAAAGUUACAGCUUCAGGCUUGAAUACGAGUAAGAUUUUGCUAUAUUUAGGGAGGCAUGAGGGGACCAAGGUGGCUAGAUGGUGGUUUUAACACUAUAGGGUGAGGAUACAUGUUUGUGUUCCUGACUCUAUAGUGUUCCUUUUAGGUUUUCAGUUUGAAGUAAUGCUGUGCAAAAAAAACAAAACCUUGGUCCUGCUUAGUCUUCACUAAAUAUCUACUCUUCCUAUUGUCAUUCCCUUGUGGAAUGCCAUUUUUUUUAAAAAAAAACAUAUAUAUAUAUAUAUAUAUAUAUAUAUAUAUAUAUAUAUAUAUAUAUAUAUAUAUAUAUAUAUAUAUAUAUAUAUAUAUAUAUAUAUUAAUAUUACACACACACACACUUCCUCUUUAUAACUUUUUUUUUAAAAAAAAUUUAAUUUGGGGGGGGGUUUUUUGCGGAUGUUUAUCUUUCUCGAUGGUUUCAGUAUAUUUCAGAAGCAAUAAUUUCCUAUUACUAACUACUCCAACCGGCUGAGGUAUAGUGUAAAUGUUUUUGAUUUAAAUCAUGGUGAAUAUAUCUAUCUCUAUCUCUUUCCAAAGAUGUAGCAGCACUCACGGAGUUAAAAAAUCAACGUUUUAGUCCUAUGUCCAGGACUUUCAUCAGAAUCAAUACUGCAUUGUUCCUGAUGAAAGUCCUGGACAUAGGACUGAAACGUUGAUUGUGAUUUUAACAAUUUAAAAUAAAGAUUGGAUUUUUUUAACUCUGUGAGUGCUGCUACCUUUUUGGAUACGUGGAUACCAGAGCCCUGGCUAUUUAGCAUCUGGCAAUUAAGGGACAUUUAAGCGUUUGUUUUGUGUGUGUGUGUGUGUGUGUAUGUAUAUGUAUAUAUAAAAUAUAUAAUUUAUUUCAGACCUAUUCCCAUAUUUAAUAUCUCAUGUCUUACUCCAGUGAUGGUGGCAGUCUCUCAUUUUACCUAAAGCGACACUAUAGUCACCAGAACAACCACAGCUUAUGUAGUUGUGCUGGUGAGUAUAGUCUGUCCCUGCAGGCUUUUUUCAGAUAAAAGGCAAUGUUUACAUUACAGCCAAGGGAUAACACCACUGGUCACUCCUGGAGAUAGCUACUAGAGGUGCUUCUUGUGGGAGUGGCAGGGGGGACUAGGUAGGGGUUUUAACACUAUAGGGUUAGGAAUACAUGUUUUUGUUCCUGACCCUAUAGUGUUCCUUUAAGUGUGGCACUUAUAGUCCUGACAAUUUUAAUUAGAAUUCAAGCUCAUUGAUCUUUGUUUUUGAAUGUAUCAAAGGACUUUGAAACAUGUGGCUUACAUUGGCAUUUUACCAUUGUGCUAUGCUUACAUUCAUCCAUGGCUGAAUUUCAUGUAACACUGCUCUAGAGAUUUUAUAUCAAAGUUUAGUUUUUUUUUCUUUCAUUUGUUCUUUAUUAUUUAUUAGUUACAGAUAUUUUUUGUAUCUUCUAUCUGUAUUUUUAUAAUAACCCCCUAAGGACACAUGACAUGUGUGACAUGUCAUGAUUCCCUUUUAUUCCAGAAGUUUGGUCCCAAACCAAACAUGUAAAUAAACAAUUUUUAAUUUAAUUUUUUUUUAAAUUAAAAAAAAAAAGCUCACUCUAAGCAUUACAACAAGUCUGUUUGAUUGCAAAGGAGAUGCUGCACCAGCUCUCUGUUCUGAGAGUGGAUAAGAAUUGCAAUUAGUUUUGUCCAAGUUGCAUACAUAACUUGGACUAAGCUCCCCCCCACCCUAGAAGAAACUGAGCUCAGCCAGUCUGUGCUUAUAGCCAACUUACUAAACCGUGAACUAGACUAUGUGUAAAUGCAGCAAAGGGUGGCUGUUAAUCAGUUUUACAGAGUAGUUACUCCUAUGUGAUGAGUGGAAUUGCUCAUUAGGGAUGAUCUACUUUCAUAAACUUCAGCUUGCUAGGAGUUUAUGGAAUGAGUCUGCCUGUAGCUUUAGAUAGACGCAUGGUACCACCCAAACAAUGUUACACAAGGGUUACUCCAAUAACCACUUUUUAGUAAUUGAAAGUCUGCAGUGGCUCUCUGACAGCUAUUGGAAGUAUCCUUUAGUGACAGAUGUAAACCCUUUAACAAAUGGCCUUUUUUUGCACUUAAACUUCAGUAAAGAUGUAGACAUUUUGGUGCUUAGUGUACCUUUUAACAUGCAAAUAAUUAUUUUCUAUUCUUUAACUAUUCUGAAGUGACAGCCAUUUUAACUGUUAAAUCCUAGCCUGGUUUUGCUCGUUCUUCAGAAGAGCUUUUGCACGUCCCACGCAGUGUUGAAAAAUUUAAUUGUUGGAUUGUAAUACAUCUAAAGAGUGGCCAUUAAUGAACUGAUAAGUCCCAUAUAUUUUCACCAAUAAAGUACCAGCACAUUAUGAAGCGCUGUACAAUUAAUUACUAAUUGUUUUGUUAUGCUUCAGGUAAAGCGAUACCAGUGUACAUUUGAGGGCUGUCCACGGACCUACAGCACGGCAGGAAACUUGCGCACUCAUCAGAAAACGCACAGAGGAGAAUACACUUUUGUCUGUAACCAGGAGGGGUGUGGGAAAGCCUUCUUGACCUCAUAUAGCCUCAAAAUCCAUGUACGUGUGCACACCAAGGAGAAGCCGUUUGAAUGUGAUGUACAGGGGUGUGAGAAAGCAUUUAACACCUUGUACAGGUGAGUUUACUCCAAGACUGUAUUCUCACUCUUCAUUCGUUGGAGCAGUUCAUUUUGGAGCAUAAAAAUUAAAUAUUAACCGUAACCAGCAAACAUAAUUGUCUAUGGCUUGAAGACAUUACAUAUAAACUCGUGAUCAAUACAUUGCUUGUUGAAGAGAAGCAUUUGGAAGCAGGGCACGUGUAGCAAAGCUUCUCAUAGAGAAGCAUUGCCUGGGGCUAAUUGCAGUUAGAGCGCAAUCCUAGCUGUCGACAUAGGGAACACUCUGUUAAUCACUAAUGCACUUCAGCAAGCUGCAAUGAUUGACUUAUUGACUGAGAGUGUCAGCUGGUUGCUUUCAUCUGAUGAGGUAAGCUAUGAUUGCAUAGCUUAUCUCAAGUAAGCAAACACAAGAUCCUCCUUGGUAACCUCAGGCUCUCCAGUGAUGGUAGUGGAAGCAGGGAGAGGCACCUGGCAGACCCCAGGAAAGAAGUAAAGACUUUCAAAAACUUUUGACUCAAUGCAAUGGGGGGGGAGGGGCUGCUAGAGCACUUCUGACACACCAACUACUACAGCAAACUGUAGUAUGGUUCUUGGAGUGUUCCUUUAAUUGUCUGCUUGAUUGGAAUUGGAAACAAAGAUGUGCAAACCAUGAACUGGAUUUUAUAUUAGAAUCCCCAAAUUGCGUCAAAAUUAUACAGUCAUGCUAUUAUUGCUCAAGUCAUUAUUUGUCAGUGAUGGGCAUAGAGCUGGUCAGAAGUUUAUAGUAAAAAUAAUAAUUUUGUAAUCAUCAUUGUGCUAGGAAGAUGCCUGAUAACUUUUUUCUUAUUUUCCUGUGUACCAAUGUCCUCCAUCUUUCCACUGAUAUCAUAUGUCAUAGAAUCACUAGUUAUUGGUAGUCUAUGAAAUAUGACUAGAACUAAUGUUACUGCAUUAAAAGUAACCAAAUUUGAGUCAAAAAGAAGUAUAUAGAUAGCCCACAUUUUAUAUGAAAUUUAAAACUUCAGUGGAGUAAAGUGAAGAAGAGUAUACUACCCUCUUAUACACUUAAAGGACCACUAUAGACACCCAGACCACUUCAGCUUAAUGAGGUGGUCUGGUUGCCUGGUCCAGCUAGGGUUAACCCAUUUUUUCAUAAACAUAGCAGUUUCAGAGGAACUGAUAUGUUUAUGUUAGGGUUAAUCCAGCCUCUAGUGGCUAUCUCAUUGACAGCCGCUAGAGGGCUUCCACGUUUCUCACUGUGAAAAUCACAGUGAGAAGACACCAGCGUCCAUAGGAAAGCAUUGAUAAUGCUUUCCUAUGGACUGGCUGAAUGCGUGCGCAGCUCCUGCCGCGCAUGCGCAUUCAGCCGGAGAGGAGGAGGAGAGCUCCCCGCCCAGCGCUGGAGAAAGAGGUAAGUUUAACCCCUUCCUCUCCCCAGAGCCCGGCGGAAGGGGGACCCUGAGGGUGGGGGCACCCUCAGGGCACUAUAGUGCCAGGAAAACAUGCAUUCCUGACCAUAUAGUGUUAAAACCACCAUCUGGACCCCCUAAAUAUAGUAAAAUCUUACUUGUAUUCAAAUCUGCAGCUGCUGGCUCUGUCCCUGUCUGCCUCUGAACUGCAGAAGUCAAACACAGGCCUGGCCAAUUGGCAUCUCCUCAUAGAGAUGAAUUGAAUCAAUAUGUUGUGAUGCACACUAGACAGGACUGCCCCAGGAAGCACCUCUAGCAGCCAUCUGAGGAGUGGUCAGUGAAGAUAUCACUAGGCUGUAAUAUAAACUCUGCAUUUUCUUUGAAAAGACAGUGUUGACAACAAAAUGCCUGAAGGGAGCUAUUCUACUCACCAGAACAAAUUCAAUAAGCUGUAGCUUUUCUAGUGACUAUAGUGUCCAAUUAAAUCUGUAGAAAUCUCAAGAUUCCUCCAAGUCUACAUUCUCCAAAAGAAAAUCUACACACCUAAAAAUACAAAAAGAGUGGCACUGUAUCAAUAUCAAGUUUAUUAAAUCUUUAGGUAGCAGUCACAGAGCUAGAAAAUUCUAGGUGUAUUUCCCACAAUGUGGAAUAUAUCCAUUAGGAAUAUAUAAAAACAAAUGAAAAUAUUAAAAUCCAAUAAUGUGCUUUAGCUUCCCAAUGAAUUUCGUCUGCACUGCCCUGACUUCUUUGCGCCCUUAUAAUGCCCAUUUUUGCCGAUUUUAUUAGGCCAAUAGGAAUAGGCGCAAUGGUGUCCUUGUCAUUUAACCAAUGUGAAGGCAUCAGCUUAUUUACAUUCUGUCACUUCCGUAUUUUAAUCCUGGUUUCAAUUCCCGUUAAGGAAUCUAAUGCCAUGCAUUCCAAGGAACUGAGGCUUCUGUCAUGUACUCCAUGAACUUGGAACUAGAUGAGACGUUUGCAUUCUACAUCUCUCAUUGUUCUAUGGGUUCACAUACUGUCCACAUAAUCGUCUUAGUCACAAAAAACUACUCAAAAAAGAAAAUGUGCUGAAAAUGAUGUAAUACUUUAUAUGCAUGCUGUUUUUUUGUUUUUGUUUUUUUUUGUAUUGUAGAUUUCCUUUUUUUUUUUUAGUUUAUUUUGGUGAAUUUCAAAAGCAGUUGAAUCUUAUUGUUAUUAAACUGUAUAAACACCAUAACUACUCCACACAUUUGAGCAGUUAUGGUGCUAGGUGGGCCCUGGUGACCACCCCUCUCCCUUUGUAAGUAGUGAAACUGUUUAAUCACUUGAUUUCUUACCUGAAGUCUGUUGGGCACUGCUCCUUGUUCCUUCAUGACAUCCUUCUAUCAGCUAUAUGCUGUCAGCCAAUGAACUAGCCCUCAUGGCUUUCCUGAAAAAGAGAAGGCAUGGAGCGGCGCCUGAUGGGCCCCAGGAAAAAUGUCAAACCUUGAGUAAACAUUUUGACUGCUUACCAUGAGUGGAAUGCAAGAGCACAGUUUUGGUGCUUUGGCGUGUUCUUACAAAGGGGAGCUGUCACUUACAAUGAUUUUUAAUUGUAUGUUUGAUUUUAUCUCUAUAUUUAACAAAUAUGUAUUGUUGACAUGUUACAAAUAAACCUAGAUCUCUAACCCUCUUUAUUCUGCCUCUCGGUAUCCUCUUAACUACCUUUCAAUUAUUGCUGUAAACUCUGUCCUAUUCACCAGGCAGUCAUAAAGAUUAGUGUAUCCCAACCUUUUACGGAGAAGUACCCCAUGGGCGUCCGCAGGAAUUUUUCAGGGGGGGUGCAUAAUUGAAAUGACAUCCAUGCUUGGCCCGUUUUUGACAGUGUCAUGAAGGGGAGGGGAAUAGUCAUUAUCACAUAAAGCCAAUAGCAUUUUCACAACUAUGGUGUCAGGAAUGCAUGUUUGUAUUCCUGGCACUAUUGUGUUCCUUUAAGCAAAUUAAAGGAACAUUCUGGUCACCAUAACAACUUCAUCUAAAUGAAAAUGCUAUGAUGCCAGGAAGCCCCUGGGUGUUCUCUUUCCUUUAAGGGGUGAAACUGCUCUCAAAUGGUUUAACCCCAAAGGCUUGCUCCAGGUCGCUCAGUGGUAUUCGGCUUCUGAAACGGAGUGUCAGGUAGUGCAGGUUGACGUCAGGUAUGGGUGGGUAUUCUUGCCCCCUGCAGACCCUUCCUGCUCAUUCUGCUCAUUCUACUUUACCUUUCUGUAGGCUGUCCACCCCCCAUGCCUUACUUACCUGAUCUGUAGGCUGCCCACCCCCACGCCUCACUUAACUGAUCUGUAGGCUGACGUCCCUUGCGCACCCCCUCUCCCCCGCAGACACCCAUGAAGUACCUCUGCAAAAAAAAGUCUGCCUCGAGAAAGUAGUUUCUAUUUUUUUUUUUUUUUUUUUAUUCCAAAUAAAAUGUGUAGACAUUGUAGAAGUUAAUCCCAUAUUGGAGAACAAGUCUGAUUGUAGGUAGUAAAGAAUAUUUUUAAAGUGACGUAUCAAUAUUGUGUAUGUAAGGAGGGAGUGUGUGAAGUAUAAAAGUCAGAAAAUGAAAAUAUAUACAUAAUAGUUACACACAGGACACUGAAGCACAGUGGACACUGACACACACACACACACAGCAUUGCACACGGACACUUGCUGAUUUGACACACACAUUCAUUGACAGAUACACAUUCACUGGCAAACACGUACACAUUCUCUCACACACUCACAAAUUAUUUUUAUUAAAUCCACCCAGGCCCCCUACUUUUGGGAGAGCUGGAGUGGAUCCUUUCCCUCGUGUCCAGUGUGGGGCUUGUAUAAUCUUUGUGUGCUGUUUAGUGAUGCUGAGGCCAGAGGGACACCAUAACCUGGUUCCUGGCAUCACCAUAGGAAACACAAGGGAGCAGGGCUGCAAGAUCAUGAAGAUUACUGCUCACUCACUGUAUACCCCUGCCUGUGGUGCACUAGAUUAAGAAUUUGGUUGUAGAGUAAACCUACAGAGAAUAGGAGAAAUUAAAUUAUGUUUCUAAUUAUGUUCUGCAAUCUUUACCUUGUCCGAACUGGAUUGUGAUGCAAUUUGCCAAAUCUUUAAAUUGAAAAGACAACAGAGCAUCUCAUGGAAAAAAAAAAGGUUAACACAUGUUCUAAGUGAUUAUCCGUGUUUUAUUUAAUGGUGUCAUUUCUAGAGAAAUGAUCAUUCCUCCUGAAAUGUUAUGGUACAGAGUGUUACAGUAGAUGUGACACACAGUAAGUUUUUAUUUAACAAGAGAUUGUGGAUAAUUUUUAAAAGAAUUAAAAUUUUAGGCUAAAAUAAACACAGGAAAAAUUCUGCCAUUUUGUUAGCUUAGCUAUUUUGUCAUAAUAUUUGCUACUAGGUUUUAAAGGACCACUCUAGGCACCCAGACCACUUCAGCUUAAUGAAGUGGUCUGGGUGCCAGGUCCUUCUAGGGUUAACCCAUUUUUUCAUAAUUAUAGCAGUUUCAGAGAAACUGCCAUAAUUAUGAAUGGGUUAAGCCUUCCCCCUAAUCCUCUAGUGGCUGUCUCAUUGACAGCCACUAGAGGCGCUUGCGUGCUUCUCACUGUGAUUUUCACAGUGAGAGCACGCCAGCGUCCAUAGGAAAGCAUUAUGAAUGCUUUCCUAUGUGACGGCUGAAUGCGCGCAGCUCUUGCCGCGCGUGCGCAUUCAGCCGGCGGGGCUUAACGGAGGCGGAGAGGAGGAGGAGAGCUCUCCGCCCAGCACUGGAAAAAGGUAAGUUAUUACCCCUUUCCCCUUUCCAGAGCUGGGCGGGAGGGGGUCCCUGAGGGUGGGGGCACCCUCAGGGCACUAUAGUGCCAGGAAAACGAGUAUGUUUUCCUGGCACUAUAGUGGUCCUUUAAGGUUUUGUAACCCAUAUAUGUCCGCUGUAUGCAAAUUAAUACAUUAUGCAAUGUAAGCAUUAACAUUACCUUUUAUGUGCAGGUUGAGAGCACAUCAACGACUUCACACUGGUGAAACCUUUAACUGUGUAACUGAGGGCUGCAGCAAAUACUUCACCACGCAUAGCGAUCUGCGAAAGCACAUCCGGACUCACACCCGGGAGAAGCCUUUUAGGUGAGUCUUAUCCUACGGAUUACCGUACUUUUUUAAAGGAAGGUAAGAUGUAGAAAGUUAUUUCAUUUACACAGGCGAAAAAAAAAACACUGGACUUGCCUUUUUCACUCAUUUUUUCUGAAAUGGGGGCUAUGAAAGUCAGAGAGUUCUCAGUGGUGCCCAGUGGCAGGAAGUAUAGGGGCUAUCAGACACUGUCUUUCAGAGUUUGGGAUAAUAUAUUAAAUCACUCUUACCAUUUUAUUAAUGCAGUCACCUAUUUGUAUCUGUAGUUUUGUUACUGCUGGUUGUAAUUUCUUUUUGUCUUUCAUGAAAAUGCAGGUGUGACCAUGAUGGUUGUGGCAAGGCGUUUGCAGCAAGCCAUCACCUUAAAACGCAUGUUAGGAAACAUAUGAGUAAGCAAAACCCCAUACAAAUGAUUUGGCUUGUAGUAAUGGUUGGUUUCAAAACAUCAGGAUGGUAUAUUUAAAUUGUCGUUUUUUUUGUUUGUUUUUUUUUUAAAGGCGAAAGGCCAUUUUACUGCAUAAGUGAUGGCACCCAGCAAGAAUCACAGAGCCACAUGAAAAGUCAUGACCUUGCUGGUUUGGAAGACUCAUUCCCUAACCAUGCCGGAUGUGAGGUAAAGCAAUAUAUAUUAAAAACAAGGCUUACAAUUUCCACUCAACUCUCAAAAUGAGUGAUAUAUUUGUAGAACCAUUUUCCAUUAGUUGAUUGGACAAAUUAGUGCUGUUACAGUUGUGGAGCAUAACUGGUAUGUGCUGUCUCCUUGCUCUCAUGCCCACCACCUUUAACACUGCUUCCAGUAUUAUAACACUCCCCCUAAGCUGUGAGGGAAAAGAAAGAUAGGAGCAGGGUAAGCAUACACCUGGCAUUUUGCUUGUUGCCUUUAUGAGGUGUCUGUGGCCAAUACAUAUUUUUUCAAUUGGUGACUCUUCCUGCAAAGUGCUCGGCUGUAGGCUUUGGUUUCACUUUUCUAAAAACUUCAGAUAUUGAAGUCAAUAUACCUCCAAGUAGUUCUAUUGGAGUCUGAAAAACAAUUUAAUCUGGAGCACAGAAGCAGGCUUGAAAAGUGAAUUGAAUCCACAGCAGCAGUUAGAGGGAUAUGGCGAUAUGGGCAGUAUCUCUAGUUUAAUUCUGAAAGACCACUAAUUUCCACAUUUGUGUCUGCAUUUAUGAGCAUGUAUCACUGUAAAUGUGCAUCUGCCAUUGAGUGUGUAUUCGUAUUUUAUUUACAUGACUGUAUCUGGGUAUGUUGGUGUGCAUCUUUAAGUAUGUCUACAGGUUUGACUUGUAUCAGUCUGUAUGUGCAUCUCAAAUGGUUUUCUGUGACCGUCUACCUGCUUGUGUUUAUCUCUGUGGCUACGUACCCCUGUGUAUCUAUGUUUGUGUGUAUUUGUAGGUCUGUGAGUUUGUGGUUUUUGUUUAGUUUUUUUAGUAUAUUUUGUAUCUUGGCGCUUCUGCGUAUUAAUGCCCCUGUGUGGCUGGGAGUAUAAAGCCUGAGAGUUUUGUUUUUUCCAGUUAAAGUUUCCAAUAUUGUUGACUCAACAUCUAAGUCUUGUAAAUGAGUUUACACUGCCGUUGAUUUAUUUUUCGUUGUGGUGUUUGAAAGGUUGUAUAUAAAAUGGCUGCAUUUGCAGAUUCAACAGCAAAGUCAUCCACGGUAAUAUUUUAUGUGUGUUUGUUGGACUGAGUGUCUGAGUUUGUCGCUAUGUUUGUCAUUGUCUGCAUGGCUGAGUGAGGUAUGUGUAACAUUGCAUACAUUUGGCCAAUUGCUUUUAAGUAAAUUCUAUUGCUUCCAAGCAGCCCAUGGUGGGGAGGAAAAAAAAACAAAAACGAGUAGCACACUCCAUUUUAAAAAAAACAUGAUUUUUUUUUUUUUUUUUUUUAAAUUGUGCAUUUGAGGUGGCGAGUGACAUAGUUGGACACUUUUUAGAUGUCUUACAAUUUACUAGACUUUUCCCCCCCCCAGUAUUGUGGUCUUUAUUGUUUUAAAUAAAGUUACAUAUAUGCAGGGCUUAUAAAUAAAUAUACAUGCAUGCUGUCGCAAAACAAGGAUUUUCAAUUCUAACUAGGGGGACUACACUUUGGCCAAUCAUGUCAAGUACCUUAUUUAUUUUUAUAAACUUUAUUAUUGGCGAUUUUUGUCUAUUUUGAUGUGUGGUCGCAGUUUUGUUUUUGCUUUUUCCCCCUUACACUCUUGUUUGCGGUUUUGUAUCCCUAUUUAAAAAUUGUCAUCAAACUAUGAUAUCCCUUAAAACAAGCUAAUGAAAAUUAUAUUUGUUACUUUUCAAACAGGAUGCAAGUCCCUGGUUUUGUUUGAGUGAUUUAAGCAUUUUGUCUACUGAUUCUGAUCUGCGAGAAAACUCUGAUACUGUAAGUAGCAAAAUAAGUGUGAGCACUACACAGAUAAAUUGAAUACUCUUUUGAUAUUGUGACUGUUGGGAGUCAAGUACAUCGGAGUAUGAAAUCAGUCAAUUGCGGUCUGUAAUUGAACAUGAGACUAACCACUCAAUCACACAUACUUGAUAGAGUAAACCUGAUUAGUGAUGUCCCGAACGGUUCGUUGCGGACUCCAGUCAGCUGACACAUUCCAGCCAAUCAGCAGCAGACCCUCCCUCCCAGACCCACCCACCUCUUGGACAGCAUCCAUUUUGAAGCUGCAUUCUUAGUGAGCUGUCCAGGAGGUGGGAGGGUCUUCUGCUGAUCGUCUGGAAUGUGUCAGCUGACUGGAGUCCGUGGCGAAGGCGAACAGUUCGCGAACCGUUCGGUGAACAGUUCGGGACAUCACUAAACCUGAUUUCCUAAUUUCAUUUACUUUACUGCGAUUGUGAGCCACCAUUGCGCUAUUUCACUUAUACUUUUAAUCCAGUUUGUCCCCAUGAGGUUCUCAAUCUUCUUCCUUAACACUAUUUACAAUAGACAAUGUUUUGGGUGACACAUUUGUUGUAAUGCAAAUUGAUAUAAAAAAAAUUUCUUAUCAAUUUCAGAGUUCAGGACAAACAUUUGGUACAAUGUUACCACAAAGUAUUUUUGAGUCUAUGUUUCAGAGCCCAGAAAGCACAGAAGAUCACGAUCCUUCUGAUCCUAAAGGUAUGUGUCAAUCCAGUUUGCAGUUAUUGGAAUAAAAAUGCAAAAACAUAAAACACAAAAAUUGGAUCUAUACAAAAGUAUAAGUUGGCAUUAAAUAUUUGCAUAACCUGCAGGCAGUUUCUCUAAAUUAUGUGAUGUAGUUAUGUGUGUUUAUAUCUCAAAUUGCUAACAGGAUUCUCUAAAUGUACCCUAAAUGACAACUGUAUACACCGCAAUGUAAAGUAAAGUCUUCAUAUUUUGUUGUCUGUUUUAUUUUGUUUAUAAAUUACUUGUCAAAUAUUUCCAUUCAAUAAUUGUAAAGUACUGCGGAAUAUGUUGGUGCUAUAUAAAUACUACUAAUAAUUUAAGUACGAACAUUGGGAGUACCAUGCAUAUAUCCGCUUUUUAUGGUAACUUGCUUUUCCUAGUGACUGACAUUCCUACCUGCAAAGCAGACAUAAUCUGAAUCACAGCUCGUGAACCUAAAUGUCCCACAUAAGGCCAAAACUAAUUCUAAGGGACGUCUAUCUCAAGGUAGAGUUUCCAACUUUAGAGCCCAACAGGUGAUAUUACAAACUGAUCUAAAGGGUUGUGCUAAGAACAAAUUCUCUUGGUUUAGCUGAAUUAGCAUACAGUAUUUUAGAACGAAUAUCCUUCCGAAAUUACUAUGUUUAUUCCAAAGGAAUCCCAAUUCAUAUUCCUUGCUUAUUCUUUUCUGAACCAUGUCAGGUAAUUGUACGCAUCAUUUGGUUCAAACCCAGUAUGAUAAAAUGCCAUAUGCUCAUAUUUGGUUUACUUAAUUUGAUCUGCAAUUUUAUUACCAUGCAGCUCUUUGUGAGAGUGGUAGACUGGAUAAGGUUGUUUGUUGAGAAUUUGGUGGUAGAACAGUCAUCCACCCACAAACUUCCAUUUCUCUACUUACCUUAAAGCGGCAAUGUCAUGCUGAACUUACUUUUCUUUAAUCCAUUCCUCUUCUUUUCCUCUGUCAGGAUCUGUUAAUUUCUUCCUGUCUGCUCUAGUUAUCUUUAAAACAUAAGACAAAGUAGGGACUACUUUGUCUUAUGGAGGUUUCCUACGCUUGACCAGCGGAGGAACAAAGUGUGCUCAGUUUCCUGUGGUCAAAUCAAUUUUCCCACAAUUCUCACCUUUCCUCCGUGUUCCCGCGAAGCCCCCUUUAACUUUUCCCGAGCGUCCUGUCACUUAGACAGAACGCCAGCGAAACUACCGAAUUUCAUCCCAACAGAAUGAGAACAGUUUCUCCAUUCGUUUUCGGAUGCAGUUCGGGACUUUGUUCAGAUCGGAAUUUUAUUCAAAUGAAUGAAACUCCGAUCCUAUUUGUGCAUUUUGCAGCUGCUUAGUAGAUGGCUACCUAAUUCCCACUGUAUUAGAGAGAUCUACCAAAAGGCUGAAAGACCUAAAUUGAUCUUUCAGCCAAAUGUACUAAGUAAAGAUUACUUAGUAUUAGUAAAUUCUGCCCCUACUCGCUAUGCUGUUAGUAGGGGCAUGUCUACUAAACAGUGAGUGCCGCACGAGUGGGGGCUAUUAAACUGAGCGGCGGGUGGGGGUCCUAAAUGAAAAUGGGGGGGAUCUAUUGUCCUGUCCCAGCCAUGAGAGGUGGGUGGGGGCGGACCUAUGUGUGUUCCUCCUCCCCCCGCCCGUCCUCUCUCGUGCGGCAAUUGGGGCCCCUAGUCGCCCCCCCCACCCCAAAUUUUUUUUAAUAAACCCUUACCUCUACCCCCUUUCACCCUAAAAAUAGUGAGGGAGGAACAAGAGAACUAAAUACCUGUAAAUAAAUAAAACGUACCAUUUGAUGUCGUCUUUUUUCUAAAAUCUUCUUUUUUAAGCCCCAAAAACCCCCAAAACAGUCUAACUUUUCAAAUAAAAUAAAAACCCGAGCGCAAAACAAAUCCGAAAGUGCUGUCAUUUUACACAGCAUGGGAAUUUUUUUGGGAAUUUUCCCAUGCUGUGUAAUUUGACUCAGAACUCUGGUUGAUUGAAAGCAACCAAUUAAGACCCCUUUCACCUUCAAUCCUGUCAAGUUCUAGUUGAUAGCACUUAAUUAUUUUUGUUUAGCUAUAUUUGGGUUCAAGCCCACAUUUAGGAUUGAUUGUUCAGUGACUUCCUCUUUUUCCACAAUCUCUUCCCCUGCCUUCAGAAGAGGGUUUAUGGAUCUAUUCUCUCAUUUGUGUCCUUUAUUACAUGGAUAGCAAUAACUAAGCAUGCUCCUUUAAUCCACUUUUUAGAAAGGUAAAAUACCAUACUUUGAAACCAUACUUACAUGGGAAAAAACUAAACCAUCUAUAGAAAGUAAAUGGUGCUAUUGUGAUAUUUAUUAUAUUAAUGUGCAACUUUAAUUAAAAAAUUUUUGUUUGUUUGUUUUUUACCCAGAUGCACUGCAAAAAACAUGGGCAUCAGACACAAAAACAAGCUCUCCAGGAGAGGGUUCCUCAACAGAAACUGCACCAACAGUGGUUCCUUUGGUUAGCCAAUCUCUCACCCCUGUGGUUCCCCUUCCAAGUUCAGCUUGCACGACCACCUCUGAAGUGCAUCUGCCAUCUGCUGCGAUGGAGUGUGGAACUCAGCAGGCAUCCACAAUGCCGUUAUCUGUGACACAACCACUGGAAGUGCCUGUUUGUAAUGGUGUUCAUUUUGCCACUAGUCAGGAAAACAUGCCUGCAUCACAGACUUCACAGCCAUUGAUGGAAGGUUUGACUGUUGUUGCAGGUCCUUCGCUAGCUGCAGGGGUUAGUUCAGAAUCAGUGUUGCCGACACUGAUACGUGCUGCAGUCUCAAGCUCAAACACAGUGUUGACUGGUAACCCAGCAAUAACCAUUACACAGACUCCUAGUACUGCCACUCUCCUGCCACCCAAUCUAGUUGUGGGUGACCAGAACAUUCAGUGGAUAUUAAAUGAAGCCGCACAAAGCCAGGAUAAAUCUGUGAGUACUCUGCUGUGAUGUCUUGUUUCUUGGUGCUAUGCUCUACACAGAUAGAUUAAAUGAUGUGUGUAUGUGUUAUAUCACCUAACUAGGCUUAACUGAAUGAAUGUAGAUACACAAAUACAAAGGCUUCCACAUAGAAGUGGACGAGGAGAUACAGAGUGGAUGGGCACUAUCUAGAUAAAUUUGGGGUUAAACCAUUUACCCUUCAAAGUAAGAUAACGCCCAGUACCUCCAGGCACUUUUAUUUAUUAACAACUUUGUUGAGAUGCUUUAUGAUGCCGUAAUGUUCCUUUAAAACACUUUGAAAUUUAUGAUGCGAUCAGACUUGUGUGGUAGCUAAUCAACCAAUUGACUAAUUAUUGCUGUGGCGUUCAAUUUCCAUCAAACAAGUCAUCCAGGCCUAAGAUGUCUCCAGAAUCUGAGAACAAGUUGGUAUUAAUGAUUUAUCUAUACACUUUAAAUUCACUCACUCCUGGGUUACAAGUUUGGUAAAUCCCAGGUGGUUGGGGGGAAAAAAGCUAAUCCUAGUCAUCAGAUGCUAGUCCGCUGGCCACAUUUAAUAACGUGAAAUAAAGUGAUAAAACCUUCUGUACCAAGCGCUAACUUUAAAAUGAUUACAAUAAGAUUUCCCCAAAUAACAAAAUUGAUAUCAAGUUGCUACCACAUUUCAUAUUGUAAUCCUCCCAAUAACACACCUAAAUAGUACAGAAUCCUGUGUAUAUCCCUUUCUAAGAUUAAACUGUUCCAUGCCGUCCCCAUAUUAAUGCACUUUAAAGCCGUUGCGGCAGCAUGGAACAUCAUAAUGGCUUUGAGCCCUAUGAGGUCGGCUGUACUCUCUUCUGCCACAAUAUUUAUGUGUGGUCGAACAAUAAGCCGAGUUAUGUUAGUGGUGCACAAGUUGGUUGUGGUGUAGGCUUUGUAAACAAGGGUCCACCAAUUUAAAUGGCUUGAUAAAGGGGGUAGUGGGUUGAACCAGACAGUCUCAACCCAGAGGGAUGUGUAUUUAUAAGAUGGAAUAUCCCCUCCCACAACUACAGGCUCCGCCUUCCAUUUGUGGUCCGGGACAAUAAGCAGUUGUGUUAGUGGUGCACAAGUCAGUUGUGGUGUGCCGAAACAGAUGUGCAGGUAGGCCUGUGAAAAGAGGGCAAAAAGUCCAUAGUUAAAGGGUUUAAUACAUGCCUAAAUUACACAAUGCUUUACAUUAUAUCAGCAGUUAUAACCAUACCUAAAAGAGGAAAUUUGUUAGUGUAAGAUACUGUAUAACCCCAAGAUACUGGUUGAUCUUUAUGCCAAGUGGCGAAACAAUGAAGCUAAAUUUGUGACUUGGCAACCUAACUAGUUGCCAAAUUGAUGAUGAGGCUCUACCUAUGAUUUCUCCCGUUGGGUAGGUUUGCCACCGAGCAUUGUGGCAGGGUGUUGGCUUCUCGGUGAGGAAUAAAGAGAUUCAAAAUAAGUUGAUUGUGAUAGGUGAGGCCCUAACUGUUUUUGCCAAGAGGAUGGAGAUGCGAGGCAGUAACUAUGAUUUGACCCAAGUGGCAAACUCCUCUGUAGUUAAGGAUGGGAGUUGGCUUAGUGUGACAGCUAUAUAAAGGCACAAGAAGCCAAAAGCUACCUAUGGCCACUUGGGUUACCGGAACAGCCAGACCGAACUAAAGAUAAGAUCUGUAGAGCGAGUGGUUGUUGUAAGAAGGGAGGUAUAUCGUAACGUGAUGACUUGAAAAACGUAAAUGAAAAACAAUAAAUGUGACAUGAUUAGACAUACACCUGGCAGAUAAAUGCUAGCAUUUGAGGGUAAGAAUAAGUGAAUAGAAAGUGGAGGGCAAAAGCAUAUAUGUACAGAGGUACAAAACUGAAAUCCAACCAGAGAGUGACACCAAAUAACUUUGUGUUAAUAGUUAAGAACUAUGACUCCAACCCGAAUAAAAAUGCAACCGAGAUUGCCAGUAAGGUAGGUUAAGUAAGUGCAAUGAGCCCAGAACACAAAAUAUCUGUUCCCAAAGGAAAUUGAACAGUAUAAUAAUGACCCAGUUGACACAUGCAAAAGUAGCCCCAGAUAUGCAAUGGCCAGUAUGAAGUAUACCUGGUGAGACUUGACCUACUGAUAUGCUCCUAGUGUGUAUUGAUACGUAUUAUAGGCCAUAAAGGAAGUGGUCAUUAUAAUUGAACAACAUGACCUCUGUGAAGUAUAUGUCAAGAGGUAAGGGUACAAAUCACAAAUUAUCGAGUUAAGGGCCUUAUGUUAACGUAUGGAGUGAGGGUUGUGUGUAGAGGUAUCAUAGCAGAAGGCAGAGUGUUCAAUACCAGUACUGAGCUGCUGGGUGAAGAAAUAGAUUAUGUGGUGUCUCGAAGUAGGUUACUUGAGACAGAACGUUGCUAAUACUGUGCAAAAAUGAAGACACGAUAUGUAAAGAAAGGAUAAAAUGUAUAGAAUAAUGUAUCAGGGAGUGUUUCCGGCUGAGUUAGGACCCGUGUAGGACUAGUGAGACUAAGUGAUAUAAUGAAAUGUUGUAAGAAAGAGUCGUGUGUGUAUAUAUGUAUAUACACACCCCAUGAAGCAAGAAGGCCCCUCCCAAAUGAAGGGCUGAAUUGUUCAUAUUGGGCUCCCCACGGAGGACCUUGUGAUGAGUGGGAAUGUAUUAAAGGCCUAGUACGGCUGCGUGUGAACGCAUUGGACCUGAAACAAGACCAGGAUAACAUUAUUUACUCACUACCUUUUGCUAUAUGUGAGCAGUCUCAAUGUGAGACCUAUGAAGAAAAUAAUGUAUCAAAAUAGGUACAGGUGAACCGAAGUGCUUAAUGUGAUGUACAAAAUUAGGUAUUUCAGUUACCUCAUGAGAUUGGCCAAAUUAUUGUCUUUAGGAUAGGUAUAUUGUCGAUGGCAUCUAGUAUGAUUGAGUAGUAUGCAACCCCUGUAAGAUAGAUGUAAUGUAAAUUAAAUGCCUAAAUGAGGUGCAGAAUUAGGAAUGUGGCAGGUUCUGGAGCGGGGCUGCAUUUUUCAAGGCAGAGGUGAGGGUAGUGUUAUAUGUGGCGGUGGCCAGUGAGGGACAGGAGAGGGAAGGGAUAGAUAGGAGUUGUGAAUCAAUAUCACCUGACAGCUGCUGGAGGUCAAUAGAAUUAAGGUUCCUCCUGAGUUGAGAGGGCUUAGGCUGACGUUGUUGGGCGAGAGGGUACUUGAGAGCAAACUGUAAGAGGCGGUGAUCAGAAAGAGGAAAUGGAUUGUUGCAGAUAUUAGACAUGCAUAAGAGAAAAUGAGGUUGAGGGUAUUUCCAGCUACAUGGGUGGGAUAAUUAGCCCACUGGGAUGGGGUUUAUUUAGGUGAAUGAAGUGAUUUUAUUCAUUACAGUUUGAGACAAACUGUAGUCAAAAUAGCUUUGAGUGCUGUGAGUCCCAGCAGUAAGCGGUCGUACACUAAACCUCCAUGUAUGUUUGUAAUGCCUAGUUAUGAUCUUUUCCUUUUCUUGGGACGAAAAACCUAUUUUUUUUUUUAUAUAUAUAUAUAUAUAUAUAAUUAGAUUCGAUUUUAGUGACAGCUGAGCCUGUGUACAAAUAGGUUUACAUGCAAAAGUAUUUUUAUUUUUUAUUUUUUUUUUUACUUGUUUUUGGUUUUUCAUCUUAAUUCUGUUCUGUGCUGGUUUGUUAUAAUUCUCUGAACUGUGGCCUUCUUUCUUUUUUCUCGCAGCAGGUUCCAAAGCUGGACAAGGUUUAUUUUACUACUACUGUCCCACUUACUGGAAGUACUGGUAAGUGGUUAAAUUAGUGUACACUCAAACCAUACUUUUAUUCCUGGAUAACUGUAGUCGUGUUGCUUUAUCAAGAACAGUCUUCCAUCUUACAGCACUCUCUCUGUUAUCUGUGGGUUUUGAACAUCAAGUAUAUGUACAAAGGCAUGCGCAGCCUAUUGCAUUAGGGUGUGCACCCUAAAGCACAAGCACAAGCACUUGCCGCGUGUGUGUGUGUGUGUGUGUGUGUGUGUGUGUGUGUGUAUAUAUAUAUAUAUAUAUAUAUAUAUAUAUAUAUAUAUAUAUAUAUAUAUAUAUAUAUAUAUAUAUAUAUAUAUAUAUAUAUAUAUAUAUAUAUAUAUAUAUAUAUAUAUAUAUUAUGUAUGUAUAUACAUAUAUACACGCGGCUUGUGCUUUAGGGUGCCUGUGUGUGUGUGUGUGUAUGUGUGUGUAUGUAUGUAUGUAUAUAUUAUUAUUGCAAUUUAUAAAGCGCACACAGAUUCCGCAGCGCUGUACAAUUAGUUGAGAAACGUACAAUAUACACAAACAAAUACAAGAGGUAAGAGAGCCCUGCCCGUAAGCUGAUAUCUAGCCAUUGGAGCUCUUUUAUACAAAGUGCUUAGCUAGAUGGCCCUUGAGCUUACAAUCUAAAGGAUACCAGGGGGAUUUGAGACAAAAGGUAGCAGGGGAAGUUUGGAGGUGAUGGCUGAAAGAGUUAACAGAGAAGCAGCUAUUGGUAAGAUGUUAGGGGAAUGAACAGGUAAUUGGGUGAGAAUCUCGAACAGCUGGAGGAGCAUGCUAUAUAUUUAAGGGGAGCCUGGGUGGGUGGGAAGUGGGGAGAAAAAAUGCAGUCUUCACUGAGUUGAUUGUGAAGUGAGGCCUGAGGAAUAGGGAUAGAACAGUCAAUGAAGGUAUUUACGACUGGGGAGGGGAAAAGGAGAGUGGGGGAGGAGGGGGUGGGGGCAGAGUAGACAUGUGUUAUAGACUAUUGAAAAGUUUAGCAAUCAAAUUCUAUCACCCAAAAUAUUAAUAACUGUCUACAUGAAAUAUUGGUCACAAACAUUAAAUGACAGUGGUACACACUGCAUGCACAUAACAUUACAGUGGCAAACUACAGGUAUCAAUUGUAACAACUCUAUAGUAACACAUGAGAAUUUUGUAGCAAUCCAGUAAUACGGGAGGUGGAGUAUCUUCCAAGCUUCAGUCAGUACCUGAGAGUGAUGGGUGUUUCUGCAGGAUGGUAAAUGCCGUCUUCACUGAGUUGAUUGUGAAGUGAGGCCUGAGAGUGAUGGGUGUUUCUGCAGGAUGGUAAAUGCAGUAUGUGUGUAUGUAUGUAUGUAUGUGUAUAUAUAUAUAUGUGUGUGUGUGUGUGUGUAUAUAUAUGUGUGUGUGUGCUGAUUGUGGGGGUACAUUACUUAAUGUCCCCCCUCCCUUCUUACCUUAGGGAGGGGGGAUUCUUGUUAAUGCUGCUUUCCCUGAUGGUCCAGUGGAGUGUGAACUCUAGCCCCUGUGGGGAUAGAGUCCACUCUCGCGAGAUCUGAGCGUUGCUGCGGCAACGCUCCGAUGUCGCGAGAGGAACCCGGCGGAGCUGCCGGCAAUAGCUCCCCAGGUCCUCUCCUGCCUCCCUCCCUCCCUGCCUGUGGGUGGGUGGGGAGGGAGGCUGAGAGCAGAGCCGGCACUCGGAUAGCGCCGGCUCUGCAUGAGCCAACAGGGGAGAUCCUGAGAUCUCCCCUGCCGGUCUCAAUACGUAGGCAUGCCGCGGGGAUGUAUAUGUAUCAAUUGCCUGCAUAUUCUUUUAAUAAGUGCAUGUUUCUAACAGUGCAACUUUAAUGCAUUGAUGUCAGACCAUUCUAACUAAAAAUUCUACAUCUCUGUUUCAGGUAACAAUAUGCAGCAAAUUGGCCUGAGCCUUCCUGUUAUUAUUAUAAAGCAAGAAGAAUCCUGUCAGUGUCAGUGUGCGUGUAGAGACUCUGCUAAAGAGAAUGCUUCUAAGCGUAAAGAGUGUGCACCGCCAUAGCAAGCUACUGAUCCAACACGUCCACCUGUGGCAUAGCCAACCCCUCCCACCACAAUUCCUUUGCCUUCAUCCCUAUGUGUAGGCAGUGGCAGUCGCCUACUGAACCCCAGAGACUCUGCACCCUGACAUCUCUGACUUUAUUUCUCUCCAGAGUAUAACCUGGAAGGGUUAUUGAAGUGUUCAUUCUCAAUAUUAACAAAACUGACACUUUACCUCUUGCAUAUAUAUAUAUAUUUUUUAUUUCCAGUAGAUCAUCAGAACUUAUUUUGUCCUAAAUCUGCAAUGGAAGGAACUGUACACGUAUUGUCCUUCUGGCACUGAAAACCUAGAGAAGAGAACCAUUAACCUUUUUAUGCACUAUAUGUCACUUUGUUUGUGAAGUUGGAUUUCUAGAAAAGAAAAUGUAUAUUAACAGAUGUGUCCCAGAAGGUUUUGCUUCUCUUUCACGUAUCAUCGCUGUAGAGCCUGUUAAAGCAAACUGUUAACCUGGUCCAGCAACAAUAAAUAUUUUGCUAUUUUAUGCUGGUUCUCCUAUAUCAAGGAUGUAUAACCCUGACAUUCCUGCUGUUGGAUGCAGCUUCUAGUUGGCAGAUGGGAAUUUACUCCAUGAACAGCAGAAGUGCCAAGGCUUGUACUCGGACUUAUAGGAAGUCUGGCAACAUGGGCCUGCAUUAUUUAUAGUUCUUUAACCUUUCUCAGUGUCUAGCUUAUUUGCAGUUUAAUCACAGUUCUAAUAUAAGUUUUAAAGGGAAUUUAACAUAACAUACCUUUAAAAUAUUCUGCAUCUCGCUCUGAAUCUGAAGAUAUGUUUACUACAGGAAACUGAUCCAACACGUCCACCUGUGGCAUAGCCAACCCCUCCCACCACAAUUCCUUUGCCUUCAUCCCUAUGUGUAGGCAGUGGCAGUCGCCUACUGAACCCCAGAGACUCUGCACCCUGACAUCUCUGACUUUAUUUCUCUCCAGAGUAUAACCUGGAAGGGUUAUUGAAGUGUUCAUUCUCAAUAUUAACAAAACUGACACUUUACCUCUUGCAUAUAUAUAUAUAUAUUUUUUAUUUCCAGUAGAUCAUCAGAACUUAUUUUGUCCUAAAUCUGCAAUGGAAGGAACUGUACACGUAUUGUCCUUCUGGCACUGAAAACCUAGAGAAGAGAACCAUUAACCUUUUUAUGCACUAUAUGUCACUUUGUUUGUGAAGUUGGAUUUCUAGAAAAGAAAAUGUAUAUUAACAGAUGUGUCCCAGAAGGUUUUGCUUCUCUUUCACGUAUCAUCGCUGUAGAGCCUGUUAAAGCAAACUGUUAACCUGGUCCAGCAACAAUAAAUAUUUUGCUAUUUUAUGCUGGUUCUCCUAUAUCAAGGAUGUAUAACCCUGACAUUCCUGCUGUUGGAUGCAGCUUCUAGUUGGCAGAUGGGAAUUUACUCCAUGAACAGCAGAAGUGCCAAGGCUUGUACUCGGACUUAUAGGAAGUCUGGCAACAUGGGCCUGCAUUAUUUAUAGUUCUUUACCCUUUCUCAGUGUCUAGCUUAUUUGCAGUUUAAUCACAGUUCUAAUAUAAGUUUUAAAGGGAAUUUAACAUAACAUACCUUUAAAAUAUUCUGCAUCUCGCUCUGAAUCUGAAGAUAUGUUUACUACAGGAAACCUAUUGCCAGUUCAGCAUUUUAUUUUUUCCCUCUCUAUAAGAGCUUAUAAGUGAUCCUCCAUGACCUCUUUUACUUUCUAUUUUCUAAUGUUGAGCAUUAGCCUCCUAAACCUCCACUUUCUCCAUAUCUGACAAUUUAGAUGUAUAAUUUCAAGUGUAAGAUGUAUUUGUAUUACAAACUCUUCUGAAAAAAGUAAUAUAAAAGGUAGUAAUUACAUUGGAAUUUUAUAUAUGUUUGUUUAAAAGAACAAGUUUUAGAUUACCGCAUCGCAAAAAUAAAUUUUGUAGGCAAUGGUCGGUGCACAGAAUCUGGAAAAAAUAUAUAUUUCCACUAUAGGUGAUAAUUCCGCUCUGCAGAUAUCCACCAUGCCUCUAUGGUAGAUAUAUGCAUCAUUAUCAUCCAGGGAUUCCUGUUGAACAACUAUAAGAAUGUAUCAAAUAAAAUGGUCAGUAGCUUAAAGUCUCAGUGGUUUAUAGGCUAAAAUUUGUAAUGUUCAGUUUACACUGACCAUCAAUGAACUUUUGUAGAGACUUUUAUAUAUAAAGCAGACAUUUUCUGCUUAACACAGGCAUACUUUACAUUUGUUUAAUGUUGUAAGGUUUUAUCAUUCGUUUUAACACUUGUAUUUAUUAUUUACGAGAGACGAAAACAAAGUCCUUGCAGAAACGUUCCAUCCGCAUCCUUAUUAAAGAAACUCGCACGGAGUUAAAUGUUCCCAUUGUAAGAGCAGGAACUGCUGGUAUUAGCAUACCUGUAUUUUGUUGUUAUCCAUGAACUGGUCCAAGCCACAGUAUGCAAAUAACACUGUUUAAUUGUUCCUAUUCACAUAUCACUGGGUUGUGAUUGUAAAUCGCAUGGUGUCAUUGGAGCCCUGUAAUCUGGUUGUACUUGCUAUAUAUGUGUAGCAAUUAUUUUACUUAAUUUGCAAGCUCAAUGUGGCACCUCCAUUAUUUUUAAUUUCAUCAUUUUGAAUGUAUGAAUUGGCUUUUAAACUAGUGGCCAUCCAUGCUGUCAUAAUAAUUUUGACCUUUAAAAGCUGAUUUUACAAUGCAAUAUCUUACUUAUUUUGCAUUAGGCAAUAGGUAGGAUGUCCCAUGAUAGAAUAGUCUUUUGAACCUAGCUUUGUAUGGGGGCAUAAGCCACUAGUUUUUUGGUUUUUUUUUAUCCAGUGAUUGUUCAAUAUAAACAUUUUGGUGAAUGUUUUACUUCCUGCUGACAAUACAUUGUUGAAAUUUAUAUAUUGCAGAGCAAUAAUUUGUGGAGAAAAGUAUGUUAAUUGUAAGGGUUGGCCAGAAACCCCCUAUUUGUGACUCAGGCAACUUAGUUCUGUAGAAAUAUCAUCCAUUUCUUUUCUGUUCCAUACUGGUUUGUAUUAACUUUAUCUGAUACUUUUUGUUGUAAAUAUUGCCCUCAAAAUUAAACAUGCUGCAGUGUAAAUUAAAACAGUAGAGCACCGCAGAAGCUCCUAUUUGAAUACUAAAGAGCUUGUUGUGUUAACUUCUUGUGCCUAUUUUACUAAAAAAUGGUUAUAAAAUCUGGGAAAAGCAACGAUCAGUAUCCCAACAUGCCUCUGCUUAUAUUUCAUGAAAACAUAAGUGGCUUAGUGCUACAAAGCACAUAAUAUCAGGGGCAUUUUUUUAAAAUAUUUAAACUUUAAGUGUUUUUUUUUUUUUUUUAAAGGUAAGUGUAGAGUCUCGAAGGUUACACAGCAUCGCAAUAUUAAUGCAGCAGUGCAUGAUGAGAAACCGUUUUAUACAUAUUAG